CCCCUUCUCACAGUUGUUGAUAUGACUCACGUCCAUACAAUAGAACCAGAAUACUGCAGGUGGUGUCGUGAGUCCGCGCGGUUAGCAGGUAGUUGCCUGAGAUUCGUCACUAGACUAGACUCGUAGUGUAUCACAGCCAAGCACAUUGCUCAACCACCGAGCGGCGUCUGCAAGUAGUGAAAUCAUUGAGAGAAGCAGCAUCAAAAUGUCACGUCUCGAAGUAGCGUUGCUGCUGAUUUGUCUUCACGCGGGAUACGUUUAUGGAGUAGAAUGUAAUUUUGAAAUUUUGGAAAGGAAUUUAUUCGACCACUGGACUGCUACAUGCCCAAGAUUUUUCGACAAAAAGGACGAAAGUUGGUGCUGUAUCGAUGUGGAGGCUAGAAAGUCUUAUUGCUGCGAUCUCGAAACAUUUGUACAGAAAACUGGAGUCGGUGUCUUCCUUCCUUUAAUAAUUGCAGGAGUUGGAAUUAUUGCUAUAUUAUCAUGCUGCAUAUCUUGCUUCUGCUGCAGCUGCUGUCCCUGGUAUCGCCGUCGUCAAGGCACUACCUAUGGAAACAUUCAGACACCUGUUGUGCAAGUAAUUCAGUCCCCGGCAAAUAUUCCACCAGGCUAUACUAGCCAACCUACUCAAAAUAUUCCAACAAGCUAUACUAGCCAACCUACUCAAAAUUAUGUUCCACCAUAUCCAAUGGGCUCGACAGCAAUGCCGCAACCCCCACCAUACACCGACGAGGCGUAUGCUAAACAGGCUCCAUACAAUCCUGCUUAUCUACCAUCACAGUGAUCUUUCAAGUUGUAGUUAUCAUAACUAAUGGUUAACGAUGGAGGAUUUGUGAUUCCUUUCUACCAUUCAAACGAUUCUCAUCGUCAGUCUCGAAUUUACGAACGCUAAUACGGAAAAAAAUAUUGUGUUCAUGAUAUUAUCGCACCACAUUGCUAUUUGUGCUUAUGCGUACAUGCAUGGACGAUUUACCAUUCGACCAUAAAUAUUCGCAUAAACUUUUUACUGUUUACAAGAACUGCAUUUUUCUUCCUCGAUACACUGAAAAAAAUUUUAGUCAUUUUUGGUCCAAUAAAUGAUCGUUAAUUAAUG